AUGAAUCAAGAGCCCUCCGCAGUUCCAGAUUUCCUCCACACCCUAGAAGGCCUGCAAGCUGAUCCGCCCCACCUACCCAACAGCGCAUCCGAGUUUGGACGUGUGCCUGGUCCAUUGCCGCCUAUACUGCCCGCAGCCAGAACCGAGCGAGAACCCAGGAAGCCUGUGGUGACCUUUGUCAGUGCGCUGCCUCCGACUACCUACAACGAGCAAGACGAGCCGGACGGCACCCAGAACACCCUCGCGUACGUGAAGGUGCAACGUGCGCUCCUCAAAUUCGCUGAAACCCACCCUACCGACUCGCUCAGCCCUCGACAAGCCCGACUAUGGACCCAGGCUAUCGAUCCGGCAGGCAAGAAGGAGCCCAAAGCGGUGGAUGCGCUGCGUCUCUGCUACUACAUGCGCUCCCAGGGCUACGAUGUCUACUCCCGAGUGGGUGAUGGGUUCAUCUGCCUCUACGUUGUCCACCAGGGUUCGCACAUCCGCGACGCUCUACGUGACGCGCUCUACUGGAAGCAGAACGUCUUGACCAACAAGAGCGACUUCAUCGCUGGUUCAUCCGCACGAGGCCCUCGCCGCAACGCUGUGUCCGAUACUGGCAACGACUUCGCAGACUUCGAAGCGUUGAUGACGAGUCUUUUGCGACGAGAUGCCGCCCCAACAGCUGCGCCAGCCAUCGCAUCCGCACCCGCGCCCGUGCCUUCGACACCGCUUACUGCCGCCGAGAUCGCGCUUCGGGCUGCGCAAGCUGCCGUCCAGACUGAGAUCGAUAGAGAGGAGAGCGACCCGUUUGCACUCAGUGCCGCCAUGCAGGCCCUUGAGGCCCUUCUCUAA